GUUCACUAAUAAUUUCUGAGAGAAAACGAUGACGACCAGAAGCGCGAGUGCGAGGAGAAUGACUACCAGAGCGGCAGUAGAUGAUGACGACGAUUUUGUCGAUGAAAUCCCAAUUAUAAAGACUACGAAGUUAAUGAAGACAACAACUGGGCGGGUAUACAAAAGGAUGUGCGAUGAAGGACUUUUGGUUGGGAAGACUGGAGUGAAAGUUACAUGUUUUUGCAAUGUAUGGGUUGGAGCAAACAUUGUGGAGGGAGUGGUCAGUGAUACAGAUCUGUUAGAAUUAAAGAAAUCAGCAUUUGGUGACUUCUUCAACCUAGGUGGAAUUAAGUGGUUGACGGGUCAGUUGAUGAUUUUGUUGGCACUGAAUUAUGUGCAACCAAUGAAGCGGACUGGAGAUGUGGACAGGCUAAAAUUUCACAUUGGUGACCGAGUAGUGGAGUUCAAGAAAUCAAACUUUGCGUUGAUAACCGGGAUGAAGUUUGGGAAAAAAACCGAGUUUGUGGGUAUUGACAUGAAUGAGCCUAAUGACAUAAGCAUGAGGUAUUUUGGAGGGAAAAUGAGCAUAACACGUCAGGAUGUGGAGCAUGUGUUCAAGAAUGUACGUGGGAUUAGAGGUAAGAAGCCUAUGGAUGUAGUGAAAUUGGCUCUGCUUUACCUUGUGUGCUGCCAUGUCGUAGGGAACCAGGGGAGGACAAGGAUCCCAGCACUGUACAUGCAUUUGGUUAAUGACUUGGAGCUGUUUAAUGACUUUGAAUGGGGAGAGCACCUGUGGAAGGAUGUGGUGGAGAGCAUGGGCAAGUGUUCUUCGAUCCUCAACACGGGGGGUAAUGGUCGUUUUACAUUCCCCGGAUUUUUUUUCCCCUUGCAAAUUUGGUCGUUUGAAACGUUCCCCCGUUUGAUGGAGAAUGGAAUUUGCGCAAUUGGGAAGGGCAGUGGAUCCUUGUGUCCGAGAGCAUUGCGUUGGGAGACUGGGGAAAGUGUCAACUGGAAGGAGAUGGUUGCAACCCCCAUGGAGCGUGGCAUGGGAAACUUUGAAAGAUUGCUAAGUGUGGGAGGUGCAAGUAAUGGUAGCAGUUCAAAUGCUUGUGGAGAAGCUGUUAAUGAAGAAUAUGGAGCUGGCCGUAGGUCUUUAAAGGGUAAGUUUCAUUGGGGGCCUGUGACUGCAUGUGCUGAUGGCGUGCAGAACGAAGACGGAAUGCAGGUGAAAGGUCCUGUGGGUAAAAAAACAACAAGGGUGAAGAGAAGUGAGAAGAAAUCAGGAAACGCAGACAUGCCUCGAAAGCAGAACCCAACUGUGGUGGAGGAUGUAUUGGGUGAGGGGAGAGGUGAAAAUGAACCUUCAUUGCGUGAUGUCCUAACCGCCAUAGUGCACAUGGAGAAGAGAAAUAACAAACUACGAGUGGAAGUGACUAAACUGCGAAUAACACUGAAUGAACAAAGCCGGCUACUGAAAAGGGUAUUAUUAGGUAAAAAAAUGGCUAAGCGACAGCAGAAAAAGAGAGGAGAUAAAAGAGAAGAGAAUGGAAUGCCGAGCUUCGAUUUGGGUAUAGAGAGUCAAGAGAGGAGAGAUGAUCCAGGCAAUGGGCAGGAGGAUAUGAUUUGGGAGGAGGACAUUAUUAGGGAUGCUGAUAUAGGAACCCAACUUGGUGUUUCUGAUAAUGAUGUUGAAGAUUUGUUGAAUGACGUAAACACACAAGAGGUUGAUGGGCGAUGGAGGAAGGCAGUUGAGGGUUUGGGGCUGAAAUUGGAUUCAGGCAAGGGUUCAGAGUGUAGUAAGUCAAUGAAUUUGGCAAAUGAAAAGACAACAGAUGAUGUGCAUCCUGAUGAAAGGGUAGUGGAAGAGCAAGCGGAUGUUGUUCAGCGUAUGGAUGAUGCGGAACUUGUAAGGCCAUCCAUAAGUAAAGACGUGUGUGCUGGAGGAUCUGGAAGUGGGAAUGGAACUGUUAUUGGAGAAGUGGCUGGUGGGUUCCGUGACAAGUUUGAGACUGCUUCUCAAAUUAUUGAGGAUCUGCAUGAUUAUCCAGCGUCUCAACUUUUUUUCAGUUUAAACGAGAAUUUGGUUGNCUGCAUAUCCGAUGCAGACCCGGCGGAAUAUACUGUUUAGUGGAGCAUUAAAUGGAUGAAUUGUGUUUGGGUUGUCAGAGUUUUUGUCAUUGAGCAGUUUGUUGCGGAAGAGUGUUUUUCUUUGUGCUCAUUAAUUAAGGUGAAGUGUAGGG